AUGGUCCGGCUCUCUCAUGUUUUGCACCGCCCGUGGCUCAGCAGUGUGUACGGGGAGACAACUCCUGGCAUGGCCCGCACCCAACGCGCCCGCCGUCAGCUCGACUACCUCGAGGAGCGGCUCCUGCGCGACUGCCGCACCCCGACCACGGUGCGCUACUUUGUGUACCUGAACACGUACGUCUUUACCCCGUGGUACUACGCACCGUUUGGCUUGCUGAACAGCGAGUAUGACCCGAUGCUGCCAUGGACAGAGGUGGCUGGCACGUCGGCCAGUGCGUCCUCUGCCUCUACCCCAACUGGCAAAGGUGUCAACAACACCACCGGCUCGUCAGUCGAGGUGCAGCAGCAGCCUUUCAUUCGGGAUGCUUUUCUUUGCCCCUUCUCUCUCCGCAUCUACUCGACCUACGCACAGAUGCACUACGAGACCCGCACCUACCGCGCGGACCGCCUGCGUCCGCCGGGUGAUGAGGUGUACCGCGACGAGAUGCGUGGUCUUUUUCUCUUCAAGAUCAACGGCAGUCAACACGUUACCUACUGCCGUCACCUCUUCCUCAUUGGCAAGUCGUUCCUGGAGAACAAGCUCGCCGGGCACGAUGUGCACAGCUACUAUUUUUAUGUUCUCUGUCUGCACCACCGCUACUUCCCCCACUACGUGUCCGAUCCCUCCGCCAUGUACUUCGCCGGCUUCUUCACCUGGGAGAAGCACGUGAGCGAGUACAAUCUGGCCUGUAUUGUGACGUUGCCGUGCUUCGGGCGCCGCACCAGCCGCCAGAGAUCGGUGGCGCCGCAGGAUGGCGCAACCGCGACCGCCUUAUCCCCGCCUCAGGUGCUUCGCCAUCUUGGCCAGUUUAUGAUCGCUGUCAGCUACGAGCUCGCCUACCGCCGAAAGCAGAUAGGUACCCCGGAGAAGCCCCUCUCUGACUUGGGUGCCAUCGCAUAUCAGCAGUUUUGGCGCCGUGCCAUUGUGCGCUGGAUGAAGGAGACGCUGAACACGAUACGGCGAGCCAAUGCGGUGGAUGUCGACGGUGACGACAUGGACAAGACCGUUCAAAAAAGAGCACAGGGCGGCGCGCAGGUUGAGUCUCGAGGGAGCCAUGCGUCCGACACGGGUGUGCCUCUUGGCCUUGACGCUGGCUCUGCGGCCGUGGAGGUGGUCAUGCUGGUGGAGGAGGGCAGAGGAGUGACAGGAGGGCAUGAUAUCGAUAGGGGUCGCUCCGGGGAAGUCGACGCGUCACUGCACGAGCGGCACUCGAACGCUCUGUCAUCAGCGCGCAAGCGCUCUCGUGUCGACGCGAAGACGGAACACGAGAGGAACGUAGACGACGAGGAGACGAGAUUGCCAUUUUCCCAAGGCAAGUUACCACUCGCAGCUGCUGUCCCCCCAUCUUUGACCAAGAAGGGGAUUUCGGGCCACAGUGCGGCUGCACAGUCCCCCACAGGCGCUUUACUGGCUGCUGGCACGACUGCUUUUACGCAGCGGACUACCAUCAGGGACAUUGCAGUAGCUGUGCGUCUGGAGGAGGCUGACGUGCUUAAGACGCUCCUGGGCAUGGGUGUGCUGCAUCGCAGUGGUGAGGAUCGUGGCAUUCAGCUUCUGCUGCCGCAGCGAUACGUGGAUUGGAUAUAUGACGAGACACUCCGCUGGGAGAGCAGCCUCCAGCACGCAGUCUUUCAGCCAGCCCUCCUCAAGUCCCGCGGUUUCCACACCAGCACACGUUGA